ACAGCCCUUGGAGUUCAGAAGCCUCUGCUGACUUCUGCCCAACCUCUAGCUCUCAGCACCCAAGCCCCCCCUGGUAUACACAGGAGCAGAGGCAGGCUAGGAUAAAGAAGAGGGCCUGGAGACAGGUGGUGAGAGGCUCAAAAGCCCAGUGUGCCUUCAUUCCAGCCCUGUCCAUCUGCUGCUGUGACAACAUCACAGAAAAGACAACUAGGAAGAUAGAAAGUGAGGCUUGAUACCUUGUGAGCAGUGGUGUCAUUAACUGUGACAUCUAAGAUGUCUCGAGAGAUGGGAGAGCUCACCCAAACCAGGUUGCAGAAGAUCUGGAUUCCACACAGCAGUGGCAGCAGCAGGCUGCAACGGCGAAGGGGCUCAUCCAUACCCCAGUUUACCAAUUCCCCAACGAUGGUGAUCAUGGUGGGUUUACCAGCUAGAGGCAAGACCUAUAUCUCCACGAAGCUCACACGAUAUCUUAAUUGGGUAGGAACACCAACUAAAGUGUUUAAUUUAGGCCAGUAUCGACGAGAGGCAGUGAGCUACAAGAACUACGAAUUCUUUCUCCCAGACAACAUGGAGGCCCUACUUAUCAGGAAGCAGUGUGCAUUGGCAGCCCUGAAGGAUGUUCAUAACUAUCUUAGCCAUGAGGAAGGUCAUGUUGCGGUUUUUGAUGCCACCAACACUACCAGAGAAAGACGGUCACUGAUUCUGCAGUUUGCAAAGGAACAUGGGUACAAGGUCUUUUUCAUUGAGUCUAUAUGUAAUGACCCUGACAUCAUUGCAGAAAACAUCAAGCAAGUGAAACUUGGCAGCCCUGAUUACAUAGACUGUGACCGAGAAAAAGUUCUGGAAGAUUUUCUAAAGAGAAUUGAAUGCUAUGAGGUCAACUAUCAACCCUUGGAUGAUGAAUUGGACAGCCACCUGUCCUACAUCAAGAUCUUCGAUGUGGGCACACGCUACAUGGUGAACCGAGUACAGGACCACAUCCAGAGCCGCACAGUCUACUAUCUCAUGAACAUCCAUGUCACACCACGCUCCAUAUACCUAUGCCGGCAUGGUGAGAGUGAACUCAACCUCAAAGGCCGCAUCGGAGGUGACUCUGGCCUCUCACCUCGGGGCAAGCAGUAUGCCUAUGCACUGGCCAACUUCAUUCAGUCCCAGUGUAUCAACUCCCUGAAAGUGUGGACCAGCCACAUGAAGAGGACCAUCCAGACAGCUGAAGCCCUGGGUGUCCCCUAUGAGCAGUGGAAGGCCCUGAAUGAGAUUGAUGCGGGUGUCUGUGAGGAGAUGACCUAUGAAGAAAUCCAAGAACACUACCCUGAAGAAUUUGCACUACGGGACCAAGAUAAAUAUCGUUACCGCUAUCCCAAAGGAGAGUCCUAUGAGGAUCUGGUUCAGCGUCUGGAGCCGGUUAUAAUGGAGCUAGAACGACAGGAAAAUGUAUUGGUGAUUUGCCACCAAGCUGUCAUGCGGUGCCUCUUGGCCUACUUCCUGGAUAAAAGUUCAGAUGAGCUUCCCUAUCUCAAGUGUCCUCUGCACACAGUGCUCAAACUCACACCUGUGGCUUAUGGCUGCAAAGUGGAGUCCAUCUACCUGAAUGUGGAGGCUGUGAAUACACACCGAGAGAAGCCUGAGAAUGUGGACAUUUCCCGGGAACCCGAGGAAGCCCUGGACACUGUCCCUGCCCAUUAUUGAGAUCUUUCUGAGAUGUCAAACUGCUUCGGUCCUAUCUUCCACCUUUAGGAACUGCUGUCCUUGCUAUUCUCCUAUUUUGAGAAGAUUGUGGCUUUGGCCUCACUGGGAGAAGAAAUCCUCAGCAGCUCCCAAACAGGUCUCAGUUCCUAGCUACUACCAAGGAGCAACCUAGCUCUGGAUGAGGCUCUUUCUUAAUUCCUAUUCUCUGAUCAAUAAAGACUUCUCUUACUGCCUAUAGGAGGAUAGGAGAAGGUCAUAGGGAGACUUCUCCCAUUGUUUUCGAGAUUCUAAUCCUGAUCCAGUUCUGGUGUUGUAGAUGUGGAAUGGGUGAGGAGUUCCUGAGAGUUUGGGGUAGUACCUGCAAAGAUGGGAGAAGAUAGGUCCCUGUGAGUGCUGGUGGAGCUUGUUCCUUGGUGGUUGAUGUAAAUGGGGGCAGGAUACCUUUAUCCCUAUUUUCAGAGAAGAACCUGGCACUUGGGCAAGUGAUCAUCUUCUCUAACUCUUGUUGCCAUCCUGAGUGUUUUCUGUCCAUGUGAAUGACCAUCACACAGACCUCACACUCUGAUCCCCUCAACUCCAGUGAUCAACACCCUAUCAUCCCAUGGAUCUUGGCAUCAUCUCCUCCGUCUGACCUUGAAUUCAAGCAUCCCACUCUUAUUCAUAAGUCUUCACAACUCUGUCAUUCAUAGGGUCCCUAAUAGCACACCUCCACACAGUAGGCAUACAUGUGGUAUUUCUUAAUGGGCAGUAUUUGUACAUCAAGAGUAUAGUCCUUUGACUUCCCCAUUAUCUCCCAACCCAUCAGUCUUCUGCCUCAAUGUUCUUCCAUCCCUAACCAGCUUGGGUCCUAUGGUCUGCCUCUUAAGUUACUGUCUAUACAUCAACUAUGAGACAAGCACCAAGUGACCCAGUGGUAAAAAGUCUUCAAAAGACUUUAUUCACACACUUGCUGCCUUUGUUCUCUUGUUCUUUCAUCAUAACCACCCAAUGAGAUCCAAACCCUAAAUAAUUCAUACCUCCAUUUUUGUUGAGACCUACUACAGGUUGUAGAUCACUGCUUAAAAUGAUGAUGAUCUAUAUUCAUCUGCUUCCAUACGCCUAAAUCCUGUUCAAUAGUCAUGUUCUAUUUUCUGGUACCUUAUCCCACCCCACCCUCUUGGACUACUUCUGUAAAUUCCUGACUCUUCCAUCUACCUUCUGGCCCUCUCUAUUGGUUUUGGUGUCAUAGUCUUUACAAUAUGCUUAAGACUUUCCUAAUCCAGGAAAACUGUCCCUUGUUCCCAUGUUUACCCCUAGUUGCCCCCCCUUCUGUCCCUCCAUUCUUACACAGAUAAUUCAAAAUUAAUCUGUACUUACACUCUAGAACUCUUUCUCUUUGCAUUCUGCUUUUGGCUUCCCCCCUUUGUAUUUUUUUCAAGCUAUUAUCCUCGGGUUUGCCAUGCUUUCCUAGGCUUCCCCCCACUUAAGAAAUACCUGCCUUUUAGCCUGAAGCUGGACCCCACAUUCCCAAAAGAGCUAUGCUGAUCUCUAGCUCUUCUACAAACCCAAAAUGUCACUCACAAUUACCUAAGCAAA